CACCUGUACGGAUAGCGUCUGUGCCUUUGUGCCGUCAGCUUUCCCUCGUCACAGUUGCUUCCCCCUUUGGCAAUUAAGCUCAGCGGACCUUCCGGACCAAGCUUCGCGUUUACCAAACUUCUUUUUAUAUAUAUUUUUUUUAGUCACAGAGUUAGUAGUUUAGGCACGGAGAAAUCACAAUACGAACGCAAUGAAGUCUCUCUCCAUUUCUAGGCUCCUCGCAGCUGGUUCCUUGGCCGCCGUCGCGUGCUCGGCCGCAACCCCCCAGAGACCCCUCUCCGACGACGCCUCCGACGACCACCCCAUCCCUCUCGUCAUCUGGCACGGCCUUGGCGACUCGUACGAUGGCGAAGGCAUCAAACAGGUGGGCGAGCUGGCCGAGGAGAUCAACCCCGGCACCUUUGUCUACACAGUCAAGGUCGGCACCGACCCCAACACCGACCGGUCCGCCACCUUCUUCGGCAACGUGACGACCCAGCUCGAGCAGGUCUGCGAGGCCCUCGCCACGCACCCCAUCUUGUCCACCGCCCCCGCCAUCGACGCCAUCGGCUUCUCUCAGGGUGGUCAGUUCCUCCGCGGCUACGUCGAGCGCUGCAACAGCCCCCCCGUGCGCUCCCUUGUCACCUAUGGCAGUCAGCACAACGGCAUCGUCGAGUUUAAGGCCUGCGGCGACUCCGACCUGCUCUGCAAAGGCGCCAUGGCCCUGCUCCGCUUCAACACCUGGUCCGGCUUCGUCCAGAACCGCCUCGUGCCCGCCCAGUACUACCGCGACCCCGAGCCCGCCCAGUACGAAAAGUACCUCGAGUCGUCCAACUUCCUGGCCGACAUCAACAAUGAGCGCGAGCUCAAGAACGCCCGGUACAAGAAGAACCUCGCCAGCCUGGCCAACUUCGUCAUGGUCAUGUUCGAGGACGACACCACCGUCAUCCCCAAGGAGACGGCCUGGUUCGAGGAGGUCAACGGCACCGAGAGCCUGCCGCUGCGCGCUAGGGCCAUUUACAAGGAGGACUGGAUCGGCCUCCGGGAGCUGGACCGUAAGGGUGCCCUGCGGUUCCGCCAGGUCCCUGGCGAGCACAUGCAGCUGUCCCAGAAGAGCCUCAACAAGACCAUCCAGGAGUUCUUUGGCCCCUACAAGAAGCACUUCGAGGCCGAGGCGAAACCCGGUUUCCUCACCGAGGAGUUGUAAGUUCGGAAUCACGAAGCUUGAUUGAGGGAAAAUUAUGGUUGGCGACAAACUGGUACGAUCAUGUUGAGACAAACAGGACACUCGGGGAGUAAAACGGGCAAAGUUGUACAGCACUAGUUUCUUUCUAUCGAUCAAUCCUUAGCCACUCGAGUUAAAAUGGUUAU